CUCUUCCGGUCCGGGAGCUGAGGAAACCGAAAAAGCUAUGCUCCGGACGCGGCGCGGAGCUUGAUUCACCUUCACCUGUGCCCGCUGACCCUGGCCGGAAGCCCGGAGAGAAGGAAAACAUGAACGGAAGGGUGGAUUAUUUAGUCACAGAGGAGGAGAUCAACCUGACUAGAGGACCCUCAGGGCUGGGCUUCAACAUCGUCGGUGGGACAGAUCAGCAGUAUGUGUCCAACGACAGUGGCAUCUACGUCAGCCGCAUCAAAGAGGAUGGGGCUGCAGCCCGGGAUGGGCGGCUCCAGGAGGGUGAUAAGAUCCUCUCGGUAAAUGGCCAAGACCUAAAGAACCUGCUGCAUCAGGAUGCUGUGAACCUCUUUCGUAACGCAGGAUAUGCUGUGUCCCUGAGAGUACAGCACAGGUUACAGGUGCAGAAUGGACCUAUAGUACCUCGAGGUGAAGGAGAGCCAAGUGGUCUUCCUGUAGCUAUGGUGCUGCUGCCAGUGUUUGCCCUCACCAUAGUAGCAGCUUGGGCCUUCAUGAGAUUCCGAAAACAGCUUUGAAAGACUUGCUGUCUUCCAAUGUGCCCAGUGAACUUAUACUUCUCUCACCUUCCUUCCCUGCCAUUCUCCCAUGUCCUUUCCUCCCUGCAUAGCCAACACAAUUUAAAGUGACUGCCCGAAACUUUGCUGUUCAAAAUCUCCAAGAUUUCAGAUUCUCUUGGGAGAGUAAAGGUAUUAUUUGAAGGAAAGCUGAAGAAAAGCCUUGCUUAGAACAAAUGAGAAGUCACACAUUUUACUAGAACUGCCAAUAGAAAUUCAGCUGCUACCCAAAGAGGGAGAGAUCAGUCUUCUGUCACCGUGGAUGACACCUUUCUCUUAGCUGCAUUACAUGAAAGGAAGAACGGAUUUUCCUUUUAAUAUUUUUCCCUGGGAAGAGUUUGUGGCCUUUAAUUUAUAACCAUAUACCUGGAUGCCUAUAUUGUACACAAGAGAAUGAAGUUUUUUUUUUACUUUCUUAAAAAAACAAAUACUUAUAUACAGUAAUACACAUAUGCAUAUAUGAUAGUAUAAUAUUGAUGCCUUACGGAGAAUUAAAGAGGUGAAAAACUACAUUGGUUCCUAGGUUUCUAAUGAACAAUCUUUUGGGUGGGAGAUCAUCAUAUUCCUUCAUUUAUAUAAUAUAUAUGUGAACACUCAUAUUGAGCAAUGAGUUCUGGGUUGUAAAGAGAACUCAUUUUUGCACUUGUCUCUAAGUCUUUGUUCACAAGUUAAAGAAAAACAUACAUAAGUGCUAAGGGGUGAUCUUAUUUGAAGAACUUGAAGAGCUGUUGGUAGAAAAUGUAUAGUGGGGAUGGGAAGGUUAGCUUUAAAAGAGGAUGCUCAACCAGUGUCAUCAGAAAAAAUAAUAGCUGAAGCAUCUAAUUGAAAAUUGUAGAGAAGUAUUGUAUAGUAAGUAUGGUGAUGGGGUAAAUUGUUCUGCUUAAGUCAAUCUAGUCAAAAACUUUGAGAUAUAAAGAUAAGUCUUACCAGUAAAUCUCUAGAUUCCCCUCAUGGCUUUUGCAGUGUUUUACAGUGCUCUUAAAGGAAUGGCUGGGAUGAGUUUGGUCAGGCCUAAAGCACUGAGGCCAAACAAACCCUCUAGGCUGCUGAGCAGUAUUUUCAAGUUUCUGAUAAUAGGCAAAACCGGAGAGAACUGUCUGCCUGGUAGGAUGGACCUGAAAUCAGCCUGCUUCUAAUUUGGUUAAGAUGACUGAGGAUUGAAUUACUGAUAUGUGUAUGUAUUCCCCUCAAAGCUGUAAACACUAGUUGUGGCUUUUAAUAAGUUAAUGGACCAUUUUUCAGAGAAGAGGAGGGAAUAAAUUAAGGAAAUUUGGUGUUUCCUGGGUAAGCCCGUGAAUAGAAUGUGGAUGAAUGGAGGCUAGAAAAUAGCAAGAAGGGUAUUGGCCACAUAGGAACCAUGCUGUUCAUGUAGUAUUUAAAUUGGUUUUAGAGCACUGAGGAUAUUUGAACCAAGCCCAAUUUUCUACCUGUAAGAAAAGAAUUUCCAUCUUUUAAAUACACUGACCAGACUGGGCUUAUACAUUAUUGUGACAUAAGAUUAUAAGGACUUUUCCUGGGGUAAUCAGUUAUUCCCUGUUUUUAACAUGGAGAAUCUACCAAUUACUAAACAAGUGCUGAUUGGACAUUAGUUUUGUAAAGAUACUUUUGCAAAGAAGGGAAAUACAUAGACUUCAUCCUAAAGGACUUUUUGGUUCCAUUUAGGAAGAGAACACUUAAAAUGGAAUUAGUCACAUAAGUAGGACAGUGUAAGUUGGCGUCAGAUUUUAUUGCAGACAGCAAAAGAGAGUAACUACAGGGAAUUGGAACACUUAAGACAGUUCCAUGGAGGAAGGGGACAAGUUAAGGACCUUUAAGGAGCUAACCGUCUAGUUAAAAGAAUUCAUGCAUAGCUGAAAAAAAAAUCCUAUCAUCAGGUUGAGAAAUAAGUGAAAACUGUAAGAAAAAAAAAAAAAAGUUACCAUGCAGAACAGAGCACAGCGCUGCAGCAUGCAGAUGACCAUUAGGUGUCUUUAGGAAUUCAGAAGAGGAAAGUGGUUGCUUAGUGGCUUUAAGGUGGAAUGGAAAGGAAUUUAAUGAAAGGAAAGUAAAUUUAAAAGGCUUUAUAAGACUUUGUUUCUGAGUCAACUAUUGAUACCAGGAGAAACUUGCUUUAAGCAAUCCUAAAAAAAUCUGAUGCCUUUCCACCUAAACUAUUCAACGCUUUUUGAGACUAAUUGAGAUAACAGGAGUCACUGUAAGUCUCACAGGAAACACCUGAAGUAUUCCAGGUCUGUCUGCCAGCCCCAUUAUAGAGGCCCCACCUCUGGUACCCUCUUUGUCUCUGAUGGCAUGUGCAACAACUGCCAUGAGCCUGCUUACCUCCCAGGAUUUACCUCAGGGUUUGCACGUGGAUUUUUGCAAGACCUCGAGACAUAGAAAGUGAGACAAAUGGUAAGCAGGAAAGAAAGCUAUUUAGGUUUUUUUUGUCAAUAUAUGUAAAUAAAAAAGAUCAUAACUAGAAGUUUUGCUUUGGUUGGUGGGGAUUCUGAUGUACUUAAUCUGGAAACGUUUUAGGCAAAUAAAUACACUAAGUAUUUUACUCUUGUUCUAUGAGAACUAAAAUGAUCAUAGAUGAAGUAUUGAGAAUCCGUUAUAGGUUGUAAAAACAUUUAUGUUCCUUAUAGACUGAAUCUAAUAUUCUUAUCACAUAAAUUAUGUUUAAAGUUUUAAAAAUUAAAUGUAGUUAUUUUUAAA